AAUCGCCUGGUAGACGUUCUUGUUCUCCUUCCCCGCUGAUCUCCAAUCGAGCAAUGGCCGCGUCAUCCCCCCCAAGCCCAAGCGUUUCGGGCUCGACCUGCACCCCAGAGACCGCGCGGGGCACGCACUUGUUCAAGAUCGACGGCUACAGCAUGUACACGGGCCUCGGGGUUGGCAAGGUCGUCGAGUCCAACACCUUCGCCGUCGGCGGCUACGACUGGGUCAUCUGCUUCUACCCCGACGGCGAAGAGGAGAGCAACAAAGACUACGUUUCACUUUACCUCGAGCUCAAGACCGAGAACGCCGAGACGAGGGCGCUCUACGAUCUGAGGCUGGUCGACCAGGUCCGGACGGCCCCGACUUUCACCUGGCCAAAAUCUUUCCAUGAAGGACCCCGUGUGUUUAGCACCCGUGAAGGCAGUUCUGCCUCCUGGGGCUACAACAAGCUGAUGAGGAAGAGCGACCUCCAAGAGUCGCCCUACAUCCUGAACGACGCGCUUGUCGUGGAGUGCAAUCUCAGCGUCAUCAAGCUCACGCCCCCGCACGAGGAGUCCGAUGUCAAGCUUUACAGCAUCACACCCAAGGUGCCGCCCUCCGAAUUGGUCGACAACCUCAGUAGAUUGCUGGAGGCAACCGAGGGCGCCGACGUGUCUUUCAAGGUCAAAGACGAGGUUUUCCCGGCUCACAAGAUCAUCCUAGCGAUGCGGUCGCCCGUCUUCUGGGUGGACUUCUACGGGCCGAUGAGGGACGAGAGCAGACGCAUCGUAACCGUCGAGGAUAUGCAGCCCGCUGUUUUCAGGGGACUGCUUCACUUCAUCUACACCGAUUCGCUGCCUCCCUUGGAUGACCUCGAUGACGACGACGACGACGAUGAUGAGUAUGAUGAAAUGCUCAGGCAUUUGCUGGUGGCGGCGGAUAGGUAUGGUAUCGAAAGGAUGAAGCUGAUGUGCGAGAGAAAGCUUUGCCAGAACCUUUACGUCGGGACUGUCGCGACCACCUUAGCUUUAGCCGACCAGCACCAUUGCAGCCAGCUCAAAGAUGCCUGCAUUCAGUUUAUCAACUCUUCGGAUAGAAUGGACGAUGUGGUGGAAACUCAAGGGUAUAAAAACCUCAAAAGGGAAUGCCCUGCUAUCUUUGCUGAUAUAUGGGAGAAAGCAGCCAAGAAUCGCAAAAUCUAG